AAUCAUGUGGCUUCUUGACCAACACAAACAGUUGAAAACCUUUCCUCAAAUUAUUACAAGCUAACUCUGAUGCCUUUAUUCAAGCGAAAACUACGACAAAAAUGGCAGCGUCACGCCAAUGACCUAACGUUAGAUUUGUGACUGAGAUACGAAUGAGCUGGACACAACGAUGGAGAUGGCUGUUAAAGGAAAGGCCAAAAGGAGGCAUUUGACUGCAGAGGAGUGUGAUGAUCUGGGACAACAUGCAGAGGGCACUAAUGCCCUCACCCAGCCCCUCAUUGUCAACCAUGUGCAGGGCAAUCGCGACCCCAACCGGGGGCUUUACCCCAGGACACCCACCAAGCGACGGAAGUGUGCAUCUGUCCCAGGAAGUCCUGCCGGCCAACAGAGAGGCAUCAACAACUUCUUCUCUGUGACAGGAGUCAUCAGCUCCAGUCCGCACAAAUCCUCCCAGCCCUGCUCUUCAACUUGCACAAAUAGACUCAAUGGAGAACUUUUUCCUAGUGAAGGGCCAAAGGAUGUGAAAUCAGACGAGGAGGAUGACGAUGUCAGCCUGCUAGCUGCCGCAUUGGCGGCAGAACCCGAAGCAGAGGAGGACGAGGUUGACAAUAUGAGCCUUUUAGCUGCUGAGAUGCUGUCGAAGCCUGAAACAAAGAAGGAGGAAGUGGAUCAUUUGGAAGGACUGACAGCAGAGAUGUUUGGGGAUGAUGACGAAUUUGACCAAUGUGACAUUCUCAAUGAGGAAGAGGAGGUGGAGGCCCUCCCUGAUUCCCACUAUGGACUCCUGGGCAGCAGCAAGGCCCUGCUGGUGCCGCAGGGCUGCAUGGAUGACCUUCCAGAGGAGGUGCUGAGACAAAUACUGUGCCUUGUCCCUGCCCAGGACCUCUACCGCAGUGUCAGCCGUGUCUGCCAUCACUGGAGGAACAUCGUCAAGGACACCAAGUUUGUCCCCUACAAAAAACAGUACUUCCGCUACAUGAUGAGGGAGAAGGUAACAAUGCUGGAGAUCCUCUCCAUCCUGGAGAACAGCAGCAUAACGGAUCCAGCAUCAUCACAGCACAGCAUACGAUACCUUGUUGCUUUAAUGGCUCAGCAUAAGGUCGGAGAGCGGGUGAGGCCAGAGGACGUUUUGGAGUGUGUUAAGAAACAUCGCCUUUUUCCUCAGGCUGAGGCCUCAAUCAGAUUACGUAUUCCUGACAUUCAGAAGUACCAUAACCUUGGCAAUGAGGGUCCCAACCCGUACGCAGCCAUGGCUGUCAUACUGAUCCUAAGUGAGAAUGUUGGUGACGUGCAGUCCUUGGUGUCUCUCCUCACCGGCUGCAUGUCGCACACCGGCAUCACAGAGUACCUCAGCCACAUGGCCAUGAUGUUGCUCGCUUUAAAGAGGAGCAACAUUAAGAUUAGUAACAGGUUGCAUUACAACAUCUACUACGUACUUAACCUCAUGGAGAGUGGCGCCAUUCCUGUCGACUCCAGUCAGAGUGGGCGGCCUCAGAUUCAGCUCACACGUGAACAGCAGCAUAUCCUCAGCCACAACAUCCAGGAAGACCAUGUGGUCAAGAUCGUGGCUUUUGCAGGUACAGGGAAGACGACCACGCUGGUGAAGUACGCCGAGCAGUGGCCGCACCUCCGUUUCCUGUAUGUGGCCUUCAACAAGUCAGUGGCCCUUGAGGCGCAGCGGCGCUUCCCCCGCAACGUGUCCUGCAAGACUAUCCACUCGAUGGCUUUCAGAGAAGUUGGUAUUAGAUACCAUCAACAUAAGAAGCUAAUCUCCAACCUGAAACCAUUUGCCAUCAGCUCUGUCCUGCCUGAAGGUCACGGUGGCUUUGCAAAGGCCAAAAUAGUGACCACAACUCUCAACACCUUCAUGGCUUCAACAGACACGACUAUCAACAUCACUCAUGUCCCCUGGUCCCGCAAGAGCAAGGACGGCCUCAGGGAGAUUAUAGACGACAGUGAAAGAGCGGUGUUUGUCCUCGACGCACAAAUGAUCUGGAACAAAAUGAAGGAUCUGAAUGUGACAAAAGAAGAAGGCUUCAACAUGGUCCAUGACGGUUACCUGAAGUUAUGGCAGCUCCAAGAGCCGAAGCCUUGCUUGUCUCACCAAUACGACGUCCUUUUGAUCGACGAGGCCCAGGACUGCACUCCAGCCAUCAUGGAUAUACUACUGUCCCAGGACUGUGGGAAAAUCCUGGUUGGAGAUCCUCAUCAGCAGAUCUACACCUUCAGAGGAGCUGUCAAUGCCCUGAACCUUGUUGGUCACACACACAUCUACUACCUGACACAGAGCUUUCGGUUCGGUGCUGAGAUCGCCUACGUGGGUGCCACCAUCCUUAAAGUGUGCAAAGGAGUGGAGAAGAUUCUGGUGGGAGGAAAACAAAAAGGUGGUGUGUGUGAUGAGACGGCAGAGAGGAUUAGAGUAGCUAUGAUGGCGGGUGUCAGUCUUGGCCGAGGGAAGACGGCCAUCUUGUCAAGAUGCAAUCUUGGCGUGUUCAGCGAAGCCGUCCGGCUCACAGAUUGCAACGUGAACUGUCGGAUCCACUUCAUAGGAGGUGUUUAUGGUUACGGUCUGUCUAGGAUCCUGGACAUCUGGCACCUGCUGGAAGGAGGAGGAAAUCCAAGAUUCAUCAAAGAUCCAUUGAUUCGCUGCUUCGCCAGAAAAAAAAAAGAGGGUCCCUACUGGGCCUUUAAAAAGUACGUCACACAGACCGAGGACGCAGAGCUGGAAGGCAAACUCAGCAUCGUUGAAAAAUACGGAAAGCGCAUCCCUGAACUGGUGAAGCGCCUGGAAAGUUCGUUUGAGCAGGACCUCCACAGAGCGGACUUCAUAGUGGGAACAGUCCACAAGGCCAAAGGUCUGGAGUUUGACGCUGUGAUGAUCACCGAUGACUUUGCCAAGGUUCCAGCCUCAAAGCACAAUCUGCACUUCAAUCCAGAAUUCAGAUUUGGUGAUGUCUCUGAUGAUGAGUGGAACCUGCUGUAUGUGGCGGUGACUCGUGCCAGAACGUCACUGAUCAUCACUAAGACCGUCCGCCGCAUUCUCACAGUGGCUGGGGAAUACUUUCUGAAGUCGGAGAUGCCCAGCACCUUGUUGAAGGACAGAAUCGCGCUCCCGUGCUGUGUCAAAGACUGUCCCAACUGCACUACACCCGGCUCAGCCUUCAUCAUGUGCAAACAAACGAUGAAAUGUUCUGACGGUGUAUCUGUGGGUGGCCCGUUGUGCGAACGAUGCGUAUGGACCCGCAUCGGUCCAACUGCUUUCCUCAUGACUGAUGAGGUACUCUCGAUGGCUCCAGUGCCUCGAAGACUGCAGCAGGUCCAUCACAUGAUGCUCCUGGGGCUUUUUUAAAGCAACACUACAACAGACUGUUUUUAUUUUUGAAAAUGCUUUCAACUUUCUUUGUAACAGACACAUUUUUCUGUGCUGUAAUGAAGGGAAUUUGUUGUGAUAUCCAGUCCAGCUGUCCUUAAGAAAGGCGAUUAACAGCUCCCAGUGGCCAUCAGUAGGAGGUUUUACUGGAGAGCACGGUGUGAUUGUGUUUGAGUACAAACGUAUAAAAAGAAAACUGCUGGCAGACUUGUAAAUUUUUUGUCAGUGUCUUUAUUUUUUAAUCAGAUCUUGAAGUCGGUUGAAGUUUAAAAUGUGUUAAUUAUGACUUCAAAAGUAGCUGACAAGAUAAAACCUAACUUUAAUUUCAUUGUAAUUGCAUUAGUAAAUAAUCUAUUGAUAUUUGAAAGAUAGUACAAGUUGGCAUUGUGUGUAAGGCAGAGGAACACUCCAACGGCUGCACUGGGAUUUACUGAAUUCCUUUUUAAGUUCUUCCUGCCAAACAGCUGUUACCAAUCACUCUCAUUUCCUUUAGAACUCAGUCAAACAGCAUUUCAACUAAUGGCACAACACCACAAAAGCUUUUCAGCACACAAGAUGGAAGAGAGAAUGAAUUAUUAAAUAUUGAGUAAGUAUUAGAAUACAAAGUCCUCUUUUACAAGUGACCCAAAGUUAACAGGGAGAUUUGUUUAUCCUGAGCAAAGUGUUUGACCCUAAAAAAUAUCGUCUCUUAUACAAAUUCUCUGUCACAUUGUUAUGAUUUUAUUAUGACGAGGAGUCAAUGUGCACUACUGAACAUGACCAGCUUGGAGUUUCAUUCUACAAAAGAGUGACAGGAUAAUCUAACAGGAAAUGAUGACUUGCAAGUGUUAUUGUAUUACUCAAGUUCACAUCUGGAACUAGAGAAUUCAAAAAACUUCCAGAGGAAAUGCCCAACACUGGAGAGGGAAAAAAAUGAUGUUACUCUUGCACAAUGUGUCUACAUACUCUAGUUUAGACUUGAAAGCUGAAUCUAUCAGCAGCUAUAUAUAGUCACUGAUUAUGUCAAGUCCGACAUUCACAGAACGAAUGUCUUUUUUUUUUAAUUGGAGACACCAGGUGAUGUCAUGCACUGGUCACUUUUGAGAUUCUGGGCUUUUUUGCUUCCACAUCCUCUUUCAGAGAAGUGGGAAGAAAACGGCCAAAUUACACAUUUACAUGUAGGUGGUUAUUUCAGAUAUCCGUUCUGGAAAUGAAAAAGCCCAUACUGAAUCAGAUAAUGCUUCAUUUGCACAUUUAAACACAAAAUUAAAAAAAAAAAACUUUUAAUACAAAAAAAGUUUCAUUGUGAUGUCCAUUAGUUAUGUUUUUACUUAAUCCACCAGUAGUGUCUUAUUUUUUGGUCUAAAAUUGUAUGACAUUUUACAAAACAUAUCUUUUAAAGGCCUUUUUCUCAAGCACUGUAAUGUCCCUUCUAGGUUUUUACCAAGGGGUUUGUUCACAUACCAUUCAUAGCCUGCUUAAAAUAACAUUUUGUUCCCAAGAGAAAGUGAAAAUGGAUUCUUUUAAUAACUGUUGGCAGUAUUUUGAGUGAUAAAAAGAGAAAAAUGUCCUCUUUAGAAUUGCUUUCACUCUAAUACGUCGACAGAGCAACUAGGGGACAGAAGGAAGGAACAGAUACUUUUAACUUAGUGAGUAGGUGUGGUUGACCCUGUUGCUAGGUGUGAUGCAUUGUUUUACUGUUGUGAUUGGUUGUCACAGACAUGCCCUUUUGUGAGCUUGCAAGGUGUGGACACCCAGUGGAAAUGAAAUUAACUGCUGACCCUGAAAGUGAUCUCAUUGUUAAUGUGAUCACUCUGCUGAUGGAAGGUUGAGACAGAUCCAGGUAAUUGCUGCUGUAGUGUUGCAUGUUUCCAGUUUUUCCAAAUAUCUCAGUGUUGUGAUCAUUUCAUUUCUGGCAAUAAACUGUAGGUGGGAAAUGUGUGCGUAUCCCUAAUGAGAUGAUCCACACAUAGUAUUCCCCCUUGA